AUGUCUAAAAUACAGUUGUUGAGGGUUUUCCUCAACGAGAGAUUAACAGCUGCUGCUGAGGAGAUAUUCGGGGUUGUUGAAAAAACGAUAGCAGAGUAUCAGGAGGAAGUUGUCCGUCUACAGAGGCUGCUCGACAUUGACAUUGUUCUUCAACCUGAGAAAAACCUACACAGAGCAGGUAGGCUAACUCAUUACGUUUGUCUAACUAACUCAACCUUCAUUUUAUAGGACAUUGGAGCAAUGGCAAAGGUAGUUAUUUUUGAGAAGAAGUUUAGGAUUAGUCGUUCCACAUGAAACCAAUAAAAAAAGAGGAAUAUUUGGGCCGCACCCUUUCUUUAUUUGAACGAAACUGUAGCUACAUACAUGUUUGUCCAUGGUAAAAUUGUCAGAAUGUGAAUAUUGGAUUUGAAUGAUCAACCAUUCAAAAGGUAUAUUCACGCUCGGCACAGCACCUGGUUUCAGUCAGUCUCAUUCCGAAUCCUGACUUCCCCCUGUUAUACUAAGCCAUCGAAAUCUUCCGGGGUGAAAUUAGCGUCGCAUACAGUAGACGUGCGCAUGGUUCCCAUACUCCACUCUGCUCGCUUUAACCGGACAAAAAGCUUCUCCUUUUUGGGCCACAAAUGAGUCAAAACCCCAUCCUUGUGGGUAUUACUGCACUGUGGGUAUUACUGCACUAGCUACGAACAAAGGAAAACUACUACAAUGCUCGCUCGAUUACCACUACCAAACGCAAUUACCACUACCAAACGCACAGGAGAAGAGGAGAUGCAGUUUUUUGCAUUCAUUUAUAUGGUUUCUUCUUUGUGGUUGUACAGUGCAUUCGGAAAGUAUUCAGACACCUAACCUUUUUCCACAUUUUGUUACGUUACAGAAUUAUUCUAAAAUUGAUUAAAUACAUGUUUUUCCUCAUCAAUCUACACACAAUACCCCAUUAUGACAAAGGAAAAAAACAGGUUUUUAAAUUUUUUUGCGAAUGUAUUAAAAAUAAUAAACGACAUUCCUUAUUUACAUAAGUAUUCAGACCCUUUGCUAUGAGACUCGAAAUUGAGCCAGGUGCAUCCUGUUUCCAUUGAUCAUCCUUGAUGUUUCUACAACUUGAUUGGAGUCCACCUGUGGUAAAUUCAAUUGAUUGGACAUGAUUUGGAAAGGCACACACCUGUCUAUAUAAGGUCCCACAGUUGACAGUGCAUGUCAGAGCAAAAACCAAGCCAUGAGGUCGAAGGAAUUGUUCGUAGAGCUCUGUUAUGACGAGUUUCUCUGUUAUCUAGUACUUCAGGAUGUAAGAGAAUAGUUAAACACUUAGAUGAAGAGUUGAUUCAUAGUUAUUUAAUAGUUACAGUACUGGAUUCACAUGACAAGUGGUACGGGCGUAGCCUAUUGUCAUCCGAAUCACUUACAUAGAAAACCUCUGUUUAUAUAAUGCUUUCCGAGCUACUUCCAUCCAACAGUUGCCAACCAUUAUUGAGUGUCACUCAUCUCCUACAAUAGGAUCCCCCUACAUGGUAUCGUGUGGCACCCUAGACAGGCUAUUCCAUCACGUACUCCAUCUAAGAUUAGCAGGUGGCCCCCAAUCUAUCUUGGCACGCAGACCUUCUGCCACCCACCAGUGACAUAAAUAACACAUGGCAUGUCCUUAUCCUCUCUCCCACAUACAGCUCAUUAGUUUAAAGACAUUAACAAAUAAGCUCCGAGACAGGAUUGUGUCAAGGCACAGAUCUGGGGAAGGGUACCAAACAAAUUCUGCAGCAUUGAAGGUCCGCAAGAACACAGUGGCCUCCAUCAUUCUUAAAUGGAUGAAGUUUGGAACCACCAAGACUUUUCCUAGAGCUGGCCGCCCGGCCAAACUGAGCAAUCGGGGGAGAAGAGCCUUGGCCAGGGAGGUGACCAAGAACCCGAUGGUCACUCUGACAGAGCUCCAGAGUUUCUCUGUGGAGAGGGGAGAACCUUCCAGAAGGACAACCAUCUCUGCAGCACUCCACCAAUCAGGCCUUUAUGGUAGAGUGGCCAGACGGAAGCCAUUCCUCAGUAAAAAGGCACAUGCCGGCCCACUUGGAGUUUGCCAAAAGGAACCUAAAGGACUCUCAGGCACCUAAAGGACUCCCAGACCAUGAGAAAUAGAUUCUCUGGUCUGAUGAAACCAAGAUUGAACUCUUUGGCCUGAAUGCCAAGCGUCACGUCUGGGGGGAUGUUUUUCAGGGACUGGGAGACUAGUCAGGAUCGAGGGAAAGAUUAACUGAGCAAAGUACAGAGAGAUCCUUGAUAAAAACCUGCUAUAGAGCGCUCAGGACCACAGACUGGGGCGAAGGUUCUCCUUCCAACAGGACAACACUAAGCACACAGCCAAGGCAACGCUGGAGUGGCUUCGGGACAAGUCUCUGAAUGUCCUUGAGUGGCCCAACUCUCUGGAGAGACCUGAAAAGAGUUGUGCAGCGACGCUCCCCAUCCAACCGGACAGAUCUUGAGAGGAUCUGCAGAGAAGAAUGGGAGAAACUCCCCAAAUACAGGUGUGCCAAGCUUGUAGCGUCAUACCCAAGAAGACUCAAGGCUGUAAUCGCUGCCAAAGGUGCUUCAACAAAGUACUGAGUAAAGAGUCUGAAUACUUAUGUAAAUGUGAUAUUUCAGUUAUAAUUUUUUUUACAUUUCUAAAAAAACAGUUUUUGUUUUGUCAUUAUGGGGUAUUGUGUGUAGAUUGGUGAGGAAAAUGGUUAAAUCCAUUUUAGAAUAAGGCUGUAACGUAACAAAAUGUGGAAAAAGUCAAGGGGUCUGAAUACUUUCCGAAUGCACUGUAUGUGAGUGGGUGUGCGGUAGGACUGACCCCAAUUAGUCGACUGGCCGAUUUAUUUGGUCGUUAGGCUUUUGGUCGACAGAUUUUUUUUGUCGAGCAGUAACAACAACAACAACAACAAAAAAAUAUAGUACCAUUCAAAGGUUUUUCUUUAUUUUUACUAUUUUCUACAUUUGUAGAAUAAUAGUGAAGACAUCAAAAGUAUGAAAUAACACAUGGAAUAAUGUUGUAACCAAAAAAGUGUUCAAUAUGUUUUAGAUUCUUCAAUGUAGCCACCCUUUGCCUUGAUGACAGCUUUGCACAUUCUCUCAACCAGCUUCAUGAGGUAAUCACCUGGAAUGCUUUUCCAACCGUCUUGAAGGAGUUCCCACAUAUGCUGAGCACUUGUUGGCUGCUUUUCCUUCACUCUGCGGUCCAACUCAUCCCAAACCAUCUCAAUUGGGUUGAGGUCGGGUGACUGUGGAGGCCAGGUCAUCUGAUGCAGCACUCCAUCACUCUCCUUCUUGGUCAAAUAGCCAUUACACAGCCUGGAGGUGUGUUUUGGGUCAUUGUCCUGUUAAAAAAACGAAUGAUAGUCCCACUAAGCGCAAACCAGAUGGGAUGGCGUAUCGCUGCACAAUGCUGUGGUUGCCAUGCUGGUUAAGUGUGCCUUGAAUUCUAAAUAAAUCAUAGACAGUGUCACCAGCAAAGCACCCCAACACCAUCACACCACCUCCUCCAUGCUUCACAGUGGGAACCACACAUGCAGAGAUAAUCCGUUCACCUGCUCUGCGUCUCACAAAGACACAGAGGUUGGAACCAAAAAUCUCAAAUUUGGACUCUAGACCAAAGGACAGAUUUCCACCGGUCUAAUGUCCAUUGCUCGUGUUUCUUGGCCCAAGCAAGUGUCCUCUUAUUAUUGGUGUCCUUUAGUAGUGGUUUCUUUGCAGCAAUUUGACCAUGAAUGCCUGAUUCAUGUAGCCUCCUCUGAACAGUUGAUGUUGAGAUGUGUCUGUUACUUGAACUCUGUGAAGCAUUUAUUUGGGCUGCAAUUUCUGAGGCUGGUACCUCUAAUGAACUUAACCUCUGCCGCAGAGGUAACUCUGGGUCUUCCUUUCGUGUGGCGGUCCUCAUGAGAGCCAGUUUCAUCAUAGCGCUUGAUGGUUUUUGCGACUGCACCUGAAGAAACUUUAAAAGUUCUUGACAUUUUCCGUAUUGACUGACCUUCAUGUCUUAAAGUAAUGAUGGACUGUUGUUUCUCUGCUUAUUUGAGCUGUUCUUGCCAUAAUAAUAAUAAUUUUACCAAAUAGGGCUAUCUUCUGUAUACCACCCCUUCCUUGUCACAACACAACUGAUUGGCUUGUUAACGCAUUAAGAAGGAAAGAAAUUCCACAAAUUAACUUUUAACAAGGCACACCUGUUAAUUGAAAUGCAUUCCAGGUGACUACCUCAUGAAGCUGGUUGAGAGAAUGCCAAGAGUGUGCAAAGCUGUCAUCAAGGCAAAGGGUGGCUACUUUGAAGAAUCUCAAAUAUAAAAUAUUUUGAUUUGUUUAACAUUUGUUUUGGUUACUACAUGAUUCCAUAUGUGUUAUUUCAUAGUUUUGAUGUCUGCACUAUUCUACAAUGUAGAAAAUAGUAAAAAUAAAGAAACCCUUGAAUGAGUAGGUGUGUCCAAACUUUUGACUGGUACUGUGUGUGUGUAUGCAUGCAUGUACAGUGCAUUCGGAAAAUAUUCAGACCUUGACUUUUUCCACAUUUUGUUAUGUUACAGCCUUAUUCUAAAAUGUAUUAAAUAACUAUUUCUCUCAUCAAUCUACAAACAAUACCCUAUAAGGACAAAUAGAAAACAGGUUUUUACAAUUUUUUGCAAAUUAAAUAAUAAUAAUUGUAUUCAAUGAAAAACAAAUAACUUAUUUACAGUAUCCAGAACCUUUGCUAUGAGAACCUUUGCUAUGAGACUUUCCAUUGAUCAUCCUUGAGAUGUUUCUACAACUUGAUUGGAGUCCACCUGUAGUAAAUUCAAUUGAUUGGACAUGAUUUGGAAAGGCACAUACCUGUCUAUAUAAGGUCCCACAGUUGAAAGUGUAUGUCAGGGCAAAAACCAAGCCAUGAGAUCGAAGGAAUUGUCUGUAGAGCUUCGAGACAGGAUUGUGUCGAGGCAAAGAUCUGGGGAAGGGUACCAAACAAUGUCUGCAGCAUUGAAGGUCCCCAAGAACACAGUGGCCUCCAUCAUUCUUAAAUGGAAGAAGUUUGUAACCACCAAGACUCUUCCUUGAGCUAGCCGCCUGGCCAAACUGAGCAAUCGGGGGAGAAGUGCCUUGGUCAGGGAGGUGACCAAAAACCCUACGGUCACUCUGACAGAGCUCCAGAGUUUCUCUGUGGAGAUGGGAGAACCUUCCAGAAGGACAACCAUCUCUGCAGCACUCCACCAAUCAGGUUUUUAUGGUAGAGUGGCCAGACGGAAGCCACUCCUCAGUAAAAGGCACAUGACAGCCCGCUUGGAGUUUGCCAAAAAUUGGCUAAAGGACUCUGACCAUGAGAAACAAGAUUCUCUGGUCUGAUGAAACCAGGUUUGAACUCUUUGGCUUGAAUGCCACGCAUCAUGUCUGGAGGAAACCUGCCACCAUCCCUAUGGUGAAGCAUGGUGAUGGCAGCAUCAUGUUGUGGGGAUAGUUUUCAGCGGCAGGGACUGGGAGACAAGUCAGGAUCGAGGGAAAGAUGAACGGAGCAAAGUACAGAGAAAUCGUUGAUGAAAACCUGCUCCAGAGCGCUCCGGACCUCAGACUUUGGCGAAGGUUCACCUUCCAACAGGACAACAAUCCUGAGCACACAGCCAAGACAACGCAGGAGUGGCUUGGGGACAAGUCUCUGAAUGUCUUUGAGUGGCCCAGCCAGAGCCCGGACUUGAACCCGAUCGAACAUCUCUGGAGAGACCUGAAAAUAGCUUUGCAGCGACGCUCCCCAUCCAACAUGACAGAGCUUGAGAGGAUCUGCAGAGAAGAAUUGGAGAAACUCCCCAAAUACAGGUGUGCCAAGCUUGUAGCGUCAUACCCAAGAAGACUUGAGGCUGUAAUCGCUGCCAAAGGUGCUUCAACAAAGUACUGAGUAAAGAGUCUGAAUACUAAUGUAAAUGUGAUAUUUCUGUUUUUUUAUAUUUAAUAAAUGUGCAACAAUUUCGAAAAACCUGUUUUAUUUUCAUUAUGGGGUAUUGUGUGUAGAUUGAUGAGUGGAAAAAAACGAUUUAAUCCAUUUUAGAAUAAAGCUGUAACGUAACAACAUUUAGAAAAGUCAAGGGGUCUAAAUACUUUCCGAAUGCACUGUACCUCAGAUGUAAAAUUGGGUCUAAGCUACAACAUAUGAGAAAAUGAAGAAAAAUCUCACACGUUUUUAGAUCAUAGAUGUUAAAUGACCUAACUGUUAUUGAAAAUUUUUUUUAAAGACAUUUCAAAAAUAGUUUGGCAACUGUUAUCUUUUUCAGUGAUUAAGAAAGAUAUGGUUGUCUCAUGGUAAGGUGGGGUUUUGCAAAAUGGGUCAACUUUGUUUUGGCGUUCAGGUCCAAAAAUAUAUUUUCUGACCAUUUCUGCCAUGGGCAAACGUAUGGAAUGUUUUGUUAAAAUCAAAAGGGGUGCAGUCAAAAAUGUGAUUGAAUUAAUUGAGAAAGACCCAUUACUUUUAUAUUUGACUAGUAGAAGUUAAUUAUUGCAGGCAUACCAGACAGGAGGUAGGUCUACAAUGUUAUUGAAUUUUCUAUUUCAUCCUUUCUUCCAGACGUCCAACAGCUCACUCUCGCUGUCUCUGAAGAGGAGGUUCCCCCUGAGCAGCAGCACUGUGAGCAGGAGUGGAGCCCCAGUCUGGUGCAGGAGGACCCAGAGCCCAUACAGAUUAAAGAGGAACAGGAGGAACUCAGGACCAGUCAGGAGGAAGAGCAGAUUCAAGGGCUUGAGGCAGAUACCAUAGAGUUCAUAUUCAAACCUGUCUGUGUGAAAAGUGACUGUGAUGAGGACCCAACUCAGCUCUCACAUCUCUAUCAAGCCCCAAAGGAAGGAAACGGAGAGAGAGACACUCUACCCAAUACGAAAACUGAAAAGAUCAAAACAGAACCUGAUGGAGAGAUCUAUGUAGAAGCAGAACCAACCGGUGUCUCUCAGCCUUUCUGUACAGUACAUCCAGACUGUUCUGCAGAUCAGAGUGAAAACAGUCAACGUGUCAGUGGUAUGGAGACAGGAGGACUUCAGUCAGGUUUUAAGCCAGUCAUAUCAAAGAGAACAAAGAUGGUAAAAGGACAAAGGUCCCAUAUCAAUACUAAGGGUAGGGAAUCUACACAGUUGUCCCUCCUGAAAUCACCCAGUCGAAGUAAUUAUACUCGCUGCUGUUGUAAGGUGUGUGGCAAGUCUUUUCUUCAAAUGGGUUCAUUAGUUAAACACGUGCAAACUCAUAAAAAAGAUGAAGGUAUUUGUGGUGUGUGUGGAAAAUGCUUUCAGUCCACAGAAA